AUGUCUCAAACCGCCCAGAAAACUUCAACACUCUCACCCGAGGUCACGCAACUCGAUCCCAGCUCAACCUCUGAGCACGGGCGGACGUAUCAUAGCUUCAAGCAUGGCAAAUACGUUCUCCCAAACGACUCAAAGGAACAAUACAGGCUCAAUAGUCAGCAUCAGCUGCUCAAACUACUGCUAGAUGGAUCAUUGGGCUCAGCGCCUGUUGGGCGAGCUCCUUCCGUGUUAGACAUUGGAACUGGAACAGGUAUAUGGGCGAUGGAUUUCGCAUCUGCAUUCCCGGACUCACAGGUUGUGGGCAUGGAUCUCAGUCUGAUUCAGCCAAGCAACACGCCCCCGAACUGCCGCUUCGUGAGAGGCGAUGCAGAGGAUGACGACUGGCCAGUCGCAGGCACCUUUGACUACAUUCAUCUUCGCAUGAUGGUAUCCUGCUUCGAUCAGCCGCGUCGCACUAUCAAGAGCAUCUUCGACAAGCUUGCUCCUGGAGGAUGGGUCGAGUUUCAGGACGUAGAAAUGGGGGCAUGCUCAGAGGACGGGUCUACGCGGGGCACCUCGAUGGAACGCCUGGGCGGUUACUUGGAGAGCGGUCUCGCUGCAAUCAAUCGAGAUCCGAAAAUCGCACGCCAGUAUGAGAGCAUUCUGCGGGAGACUGGGUUCGUGGACGUAGUCGCACGGCAGAUACAAAUUCCGUGCGGCAUCUGGUCAGAGGACCCAAAGCAGCAGGCGCUUGGGAAGCUGUUCCUCUCGACGUACACCGAGGAGAGCUUGACGGGUCUGUCGACGAAGCUGCUUCUUGCCGCAGGACUUACAAUCGAGCAAGGUACGCAGCUGAUAGCUGGCACGGUGAGAGACUAUCUCGACCCAGAGAUUCAUGGCUAUAUUGUUUUUCAUGUAGUGCACGGACGCAAGCCAGAAUAG